CAAGUCCGAUUCAAGCUUGGUGGUAGGCCACAUCAAUGGCAACAUGGAGGCCAAAGGAGAGAAAAUGCAGAAGUACAGAGACUUGGCAAGGGCACUAUUGAAGGACCUGACUGAGUAUGUGAUGGAGCAAAUCCCUAGGGGGGAGAACACGGAUGCUGAUUUGCUAUCAAAAUUGACGCAAGCAGCCCCGGAGCAUGUGUCUAAGCUGGCCAGGAUUGAGACGCUGGAAAAGGCUAGCAUUGAAAGGCUUUCUGUGAGCCUGAUAGAGGAGGAUGGACAGCCCAAUCUAACCCUGGUGGAACGUGAUGAUAUUUGGAUGGAUGACUUGGUCAAGUAUUACAUGACCGGGCAAUUCCCUGAGGAUGAGGACAGGGUGAGAAAAGUAAAGUUGAGGGCUCCAAGAUUCCAAAUGCUAGAUGGAAGGCUAUACAAAAGGGCAUUUGGCGGUCCGCUGCUGAGAUGCUUGACCAGAGCGGAGGCGGAAAGAGUGAUCGCCGAAGUUCGUGAGGGUGUCUGUGCAGCCCAUCAAAUGUCCAGGACACUCGCACAAAGGAUCAUUUUGCUAGGUUAUUUCUGGCCUACAAUGAACCAAGAUUGGUUCACCAAAUACUUGGAGGACUUUGGGAUUACUCACAACAACGCUUCCGUGGCCUACCCGCAAGGGAAUGGUCAGGUGGAGAAUGCGAACCGCACAAUAGUCGAUGGGAUUAAAAAGCGGUUGGGUGAGGCAGGAACAAAUUGGCUAGAGGAGUUGCCACAUAUCAUCUGGGCUUACCGAGUCACUUCGAGAAGGGCCACCGGGGAGACAACUUUCGUCCUUACUUAUGGAUGUGAGGCCAGACUACCCAUUGAAGCAAAGAUAAUGACCUUCCGGGAAAAGAUCUAUGAGGAGAAAGGGAAUGAGGAGGACCAUUUGGCAGAAUUGAACUUGUUGGAGGAAAGGUGGAUGGUUGCUGAGGCUAAAAUGAUGGAAUACCAGCAAGCAGCCAAGGCCUACCAUGAUAAAAAGGUAGGGCCUCAUUAUUUCCAAGUGGGUGACGAGGUCCUGAGACGAAGGGAGGCCAGCAAACCCGGAGAAGGGGGAAAACUUGCAAAGAAAUGGGAAGGCCCAUAUAGGGUCACAGCAAUAUUAUGCCCUGGGACAUACAAGUUAGAAACAAUGGAAGGUCGAGAGUUGGAAAGGUGCUGGAAUUCCCACCACCUUAGAAAAUUCUACCGAUAGACCAAAUUGGCAGGGCAUGUAUUUGUAAUACCCCUUCGAUGAUAAAUAAGAGAUUUCUUCAAUACUUGUGUCACUGGGUCAGUAAUACUAAACUAAUAUCUUGAUGUAAGAGGCAAGGUCAAAACAAAAAAAGAUAAACCCU